AUAGCGAAUAAUGAUCCAGUUUAAUUUAAUAGUGUUUUAAAAACAACAUGAUAUAAAAUGAACCGAAUGAUGGACCAGCUUCUGUCAAAGGAGGAGAGCUAUGCUGAGCGCAGGAAACUUUUUAAAAAUAUUUGGGAUACAUCCAUGCAAGUGGACGAAAAAGAUGAUAUUAUGAACAAGCCCAAAAUUAUAAAAACUCUUCGCUUAGAUGAAAUGGAUCGAUGUACAGCAGGAAAAAAGAAAAAACAGAGGAUUAAAAACCUUAGAGCUGUAUGUAAUAAGCUGCUAGAUUUCUGCGACCGUCAGGAUGCAGAUGAUUUGUUUUAUGAACAGAUGGCAGCACAAGGGAAAACUCCACUGACACGUCAGAUAGAACCGAAAAUUAAGAAAAAGCACAUUAAAUUUAGAAAGGGAUUAAAAAAAACGAAAAGCAUGCUCUCAUCUACAAAUGUUACAACAACGGCUAGAACGACAACAUCAGAAAUACAAGAUUGUCCAAAAACCGGUGUUAAAACUUCUAAAAUCCCAUCACCAACUAAAAAUAAACGGGCGUCCAUCGGCUUAGCGACAAAACAUUCUGUGAAUCCCAAACAAAGCCGUAGAAUGACGUUGAAAAAUGGUGCCUCAGAGGUCACUAGUACAUCACAGAGAAGAAUUAUUAAAAAGAAACGUAGUAAAAACAAACCAGAACGACUAGAUCCAGGUAUACACGAUGAUUGCCUGUAAAAAGAAAUAUAAUAUACACAUCUGUGGUUUUCAGACAUAAUCAUUUCAGGUUCAAAAAUACGAUACAGCAUUAAAUAUAAAAUUUUUAAAAGAACCAAUGAAGUCACCCAAGAAGCUGCUUAACAUUACUAAAAUUAUGAUUGAAUAAUUUUCUAAUAAACUUAAAAAGAUACUGCUUUA